AUGGUGUUCGUUUCAUUUCGUUUCCCGAAAGUUACAUUUCUUCUUUAUUUCACCCUGAAUCAAUGCUCUGCCCCAGCACAAUGGCAGCAAUUUCGGCAAGUACGUGACUCAUCAAAUACCAUAAACAGACAAGAACUUCAGUGGUCAAGGAACUCACUGGAAAGAUUUUGCCGUAUGAAUAAUCGACAAAGAUUUCAAGAGUUUCUUAAGCCAAUUCUUGUGCCACGAAUUGUUGGCACAGAAUCUCAUAAAAAAGUUGCUGAGCACUUUUCAAGGACAUUGUCGGCUUUAGGCUUUACAAUUGAAUGGGACUUGUUCGAGGAAACUACUCCUCAUGGCAAGAAAUUAUUCAGAACGUUAAUUGCUACUCAUGAUCCCAGUGUUCCUAGACGACUUGUACUUGCUUGCCACUAUGAUUCAAAAUUCUUGAAAGGAGAAAUUUUCAUCGGUGCAACCGAUUCUGCAGUUCCUUGUGCGAUGCUACUCGACAUGGCACAUACACUCGGUCCACUCUUACAUAAUCGCAGAAGAAAAGAUGUAAGUCUUCAAUUGAUCUUUUUUGAUGGCGAAGAAGCAUUUGAGGAGUGGACAGAAAAAGAUUCAUUAUAUGGUUCUCGUCACUUAGCUUCAAAAUGGAAUCAGGAAUAUUUCUCGAACAAUUCAUCUUCCGGAAUUAAGGAAAUAGAUCGAAUUGAUUUAUUUGUACUGCUCGAUCUCCUUGGUGCACCAAAUCCGCUUUUUUACCACUUUGACGGUUUUUUAUCGGAAAGUGCGUUUUCGGAAAUGGUGAAGAUUGAAAUAGCGCUAAAGAAAAUUGAUUGUUUGCAUCAGUUACAACCAGUAUUUCAACCUCGAACGGUUUAUAGUACAGUAGAAGAUGAUCACAUACCAUUCCUGAAUCUCAAAGUGCCUAUUUUACACCUCAUACCUUUACCAUUCCCGGAUGUGUGGCAUAAAGCAUCCGACAAUGCCAGUGCUUUACAUUAUGAAACCAUUGAUAAUUUAAAUUCUAUUUUGAGAGUAUUUGUUUCGAAUUACCAUAGAUUGAUAAUAUAG